UCAAGACGUGGAAGAAGCAGCACAUCCUGAAGAUGAAAGCAGACCCACAGCGCCUAUUUCGAUUUCCCAGGGAGCACCUGGAGGACUUGUGUCUGCGUCUGCAGGAGGAGAACAGCGUGCUCAAACAGCACACUCGCACUCAGGAGCAGAGACUGAGGAGGAUGUCCACGAGACUCACGCGUCUCCGCCAGGCCAGCCCGGGUUCUGGUGGGAGGAAGGACAGGGACAUGGAGGACACGAUCCAGGAGCUGGAGGCCCGGGUGGUGAUGCUGGAGAGCCAGAAGGGAGUUCUGCAGAACAAACUCAGCCUGGCGAGGCAGCACAUCGUGGACAUGGGGGCCCACCGACCGUUCAAGUUCAGCAGAUGUAAAAAUCCAGACGGGGAGGGCGGAGUCAGGAGGGCGGCCCAGACUGCUCCGCCUCGGUACGGCCUCACGCUGGAGGACACCAGGACGGAGGUGGAGAGACUGAGGACCAGCAUGGCGGAGCAGGUGAGGAUGGCGGAGCUGGAGAUGACCGCUCAGGCGCUCCGGGAUUCACUGAGGGACCGGGAGAAGGACAUGGAGGGAACGGUGAGGGAGCUGAGGAAGCAGCAGGCGGACAGACACAGAAUCACCAUCAGGGAGAACGUGGAUCUGAUCCGGCUCCAGAAGCAGCUCUCGGAAAAGAGUGUGGCCCUCAGAGUCAUGGAGGAGAAGUUCACCUCGCUGCAGCAGGCAUUUGAGAAUCAGCUGGAGGAGAGUCAGAGAUCCAUGAAGGAAUGCCAGGUUGCUCUGCUGGAGAAAGUGGAGGAGUUAAACGAACGGCUGAAGCAGGAAAGGCAAAGAUCUCUGGAUCUGGAGGGUCAGCUGACAUCCACGUCUCUGUCUGCACAGAACAUGGACAAGCUCCAGGAGAGGAUCUCAGAUCUAGAAGGAGAAAGAGAUCUGAUAAAAGAAAACUACGACUCUCUGUUAAAGAGUACUUUAUCUGCCCCAAUCAAGCAUGAAGACCAGGAUGGACAGCAGAGGCGUGUGGAGCAGAAGAGGGAGAGCGUUGGAGAAAACAUCCACAGAGAUGAAGACCUUCAGAGACUGGAGGAGAUGUUGCAGGCGGAGAGAGGAGAGAGGAGGAGCCUGGAGGAGGAGCUGAGGAAACUGAGAGGGGAGAAGGAGAUGCUGGAGGAGCAGAAGGAGCGAGAAGAAGAGUUGUCUGCGUUGGUGAGGAGGAGGCAGGAGGGUCUGGAGCAGGAGGUCAUGAAUUACAAGGAACGAGUCUCUGCUCUGCAGGACAGACUGAACUCAGUCACUAAAGAGUUUGACAUGAGCACUGAGGAGCUCAGUGAAACCCUUUUGCAGAUCAAGGCGUUCAGGAUGCAACAGGAGAGCAGGGAAGGCCUGAACUUCCUCACGACUGAUGGGAAGAUGGAAGAUCCCACCAAAGAGUUCGCGCAUGCUCAAGCAAAGCAUGCAGAGACGGUGCUUGAGCUUCAAAAAACCAGAAACCUGUUGCUGCUGGAGCACCAGAUCACCAAAGACCUGCAGGAAGAGUUGAAAACCGUCAUCCAGAGGCUGGAACAAGAACGUGAGGAGAGCAGGAGGAGGACGGCAGAGAAGGACAAACUUCUAUCAAAAAGAGCGGCACAGAUCAACACUUUACAUGCCCAGCUGAAGGAACUGGCUUACAGCCCCAGGAACUACAAAAGAACCAUACCGAUCCAGUACACCUGGCCAGCAGGGGAUCAGGAGGUGGUCCCGCCCAUCGAGGAUGACCUGUAUUUCUCUCAGUUGAAGGCGGGAGAAUCCCUUUUGGAGAUCCACCUCAAGGGGGCUGCUUUCACGCCAGCAGGUCUCCGCCUCCUGAGCCACGCCCAGCCAGGGGCAGAGACACCCGAAGACAUCGUGACCUUCUGCACCUUUUGCCUGUUGGACUUUGAGAUGAUCUCCACCCCUCAAGUGUCGGGGAGCCAACCCAACUAUGGCUUCACAUCCCGCUACGGCCUGACAGCGCGAGACCUGGGGAGACUGGAGGGUCAGGGGUCAAGGGUCCAAGUGGAGCUCCACCAGGCGCUAGGAGGGGUCAGGUUUGUCACUUUUGGAAGAGGAAACAUGUCACUCAUGGGUGCCAUGGAGAGGAGAGGGGAGAAAGCCAGCGGGCGGUUCAGUGUCACAGGAGGCGGCGGGGAAAUGGUUGGUGUCGUGGAUUUCUGGGCGCGCCUCUUUCCUCCUGCGGAGCCCAUUGGCUUUGUGAAAGAGGGCGGAGCUGAGAGGAGAACGGGAGCAGGGAGGGGGCCUCCACAGGUCUCCUACGGGUGGCAGGACAGCAGCAAGAAGGAGUUGCAUGACCAUGGUGGAGGGGUCCCAAAUGAACUGGUGGUGAUGCUGGAGCGCUGUGUGGGCCUCAGCGCUCGCUGGCCGGGUCUACUUCCUGACGCCUACCUGACGUACAGACUCUACGACCUGCCGCCUCACGUCUCCCCAACAGUCCAGUGCUCGGCUGACCCGGUACUCAAUGACGUCAUCAGCUACCCUCUGGCAGUUACCAAUGACGUGCUGCAGUACCUCAGAUCCAGCAGUCUGUGGGUUUACGUGUUCGACGACAGCGAUGAUCAGAUCCCACCAGCUUAUCUGGCCAAAACCCCCAUCCCACUGCGAGCCCUGGCUUCAGGCAGAGAGAUCAGAGGUGAUUAUGUUUUGAGGGAUCCAGCAGGUGGACCUCGAGGCGUAGUCAGAGUCAUGGUAAAGUGGAAGUAUCCCUUCCAGCCUUUGAUAGAGAGCCUGGAGGAGAAACGGGUGAAGGAAGUGGAGGUGCAAAGGAAAGAAAGCGCAGAGCAGAAGGAGAAACGAAGGGAGGACGCCUCCCAGAAACCCAUAGCUAAACCUAGAGUGAAGCCUCAAGAACAUAAGCAAGAUAGACCAAAAGCUGUGGAGAGAGAGACAGAAGCUCGGGUAAGACUACAUACGCAAAGCUUUGGCAGAACACAAUGUCUGAAUAUUCAUGCGUCCUUACAGCCCCGACCGCCGGCGGUCAGGCAGAAAAGCUCACAGGACGUGAGGAUGAUUCGCGUCACGUCUUCUAAAAGUCUGGACGCUCGUUCGUCAACAUCCAGAAAAAGAUCCAGUAAGAUGUCAUCUGAACACCACCAGAGGAGUCCUCACCUGACACCAGAGCCCAGGCUCAGCACCACCACUGGCGAGCCACAACCCAGAUCUUCUGUUGGAGCAUCUUCUAAACGAUCAGUGACGGUGUCAAGAGGAAGUUCAGUCAGCGAUGCCAGGACUCAGAACCUGCUCUCUGUGGAUCAGGCGUCAGUAGUUGGAGAUGAAGAUGAGAGGAGUGAACGCGGAGAGAGCGACGCUCCUGAAUCUUCAGAGUCCAGCUCCUCAGACAUGAUCGUCAUUCCACCAAAACGGAAACCAAGAACGGGAGACAAACUAAGAGUUGAGAUUCUGUCUCUCACGUUUGAACCAUCCUCACGCGUGGCGUUGGACGAGUCAGUGCAACGCGUUUACGUGGAGUAUCGGCUGCUGGGCGUUCCCAUGGAAACCACAGAAACACCCAUGUCCCUCCGGAAGCCCAGAGAGGGGGAGGAGAUUCACUAUAAUUUCACUCGAGUGAUUUAUGUGGACGGCUCUGAGUCAGCUCCACUCAGACAGCAUCUCUACACAAUGCUGGAGGGCUCUGACCCCAACCAGGGGAGGCUGAAGUUCAGUGUGGUCAGUGAGCCCAUGGACGAUAACGAGGAGUGCGUGGACGUCGGACAGGCUUUCUUGGACUUACAGGAACUGCUGCUAACAGGAAAUGAUGUCAUCGAACAGCAGAUAGACAUUGUAAGUGUAGACGAGGACCAAGAGGUGAUGGGGAACCUGAAGGUGUCGCUGGAGGCUGCCAAAGCUCUGACUGGCAUUUACCAGGAGUUUCACAACCAAGAUGACAGCAGGGUAGAAGAUAGGACUGAUGAAGACGAGGAGGAAGAGGAGGAAGAAAAGCAGAAGAAGAAUGACGAGAUACAAGUGCUGGAUUAUGAGGAUGAAAGUGUUUUUUACUAAGUGAAACAAGAGCUCAUAUUCUGUCAUUCAUUAUUUAUAUCUAAAGAGUUUAUUGUCCAUCCCAUCAAAUUUAAUUUAAAAACACACUAAUAGCUAAACAUAAAUGUUUCUUUUUCAUUGUUUUUUCCAAGUUCAAACACAGUUUUGAUGGAAAAUGUUGUAAACGAGCCUUUAAAUUAAGCUAGGUUUAAAUAAAAAUUAACACAAUACAGUUUUGGAGUUUUAAAUUUUAAUUGUCCAACGUUUUUCCAUGUUUAGGAAAUAAAAAUGACCUUUU